UUCACGGUAACUGCAGCAAGUGCACCCGAAACGUUUCAGUCAAAAAGGAAUCGGAUUCACUUUCAGCAUGAAAUUUAUCAUUCUAUGCUUAGUUGUUGUUGGUGUCGCCUUUGCGCAGAACGGCCCGGGCGAUCGUGACGACGAACAUGACGGCGACCGCGGAGAUAUGGCUGAAAGGCCGGUAGUUUGUAUGAGUGAUCCGGAAUGCCAUGGAGGCUGGUGCGAACACGGGAUGUGUAGAUGUCCACCAAAUCAUUAUGGAGAUCAUUGUGAAGAUGUGAGCCCAUUAAGAUGUAUUGUAUGUGACGGAUUCUGGCACGGUGAGCUAAGUCCUUGCGUCUCUGGAUGGGCCCAUCCGGAGCUUGAUUCCGAGAUAUGUGAGGAUCACCAGGCAUACUGCAAGUCCGAGGUUUGGUUCCAAGACGGUAUUCCGUGGAUUAAACGCCAUGGCUGUUCUGAAAACUGCUGGGAGAAAGAGGAUUGUAGCCCUGAAAAUGAAGGAGCUUCUUGCGUCGCAUGUUGCCAAUAUGACGACUGUGUCGGUGGAGAGAAAUAUAUUCUUGGCGGGUCACAGGUCAUCACUCCCAGCGUCAUCUUGAUCAGCUUCGUUUCCAUGUUCAGUUAUUGUUUGUAGACCAUACGCAAUAUCUAGUUUGAAAGUUCGCAUAUUAUUACAUGCACGCUUUGGUUGUAAUUGUUCUGGGAGGGGUAACAUCAUUUUUAUUCAUUCAUGAUUUAUUUUAGUUAAAAACAAAAAUCUGUAUUCGACUUAAUUUGACAUCGUAUGAUUGUUCUCCAAAAAACAACAUUGUGAGAUAAGCAAUGAAUGCUGGUAUAUAAACAGAAUUCUCGAAACGAUGUAUUUUAUUGUAUCAUAAUUUGUAAGUAAUAUCUAUUAAAAUGACGUCACAAUAUUGA